AAAGAAGAAAUGGGAAGGCGGCCAUUGAUUGCAUGCGCAGGCGCCGCUCGCAGCUGCCAGUUUCAACGUAGCCCCGUGCGCGAUGUGACGUCUAAACAACUUUCUAUAUUUACAAAAACAUUUCACAGUGAACAUUGAAUUAAAACUACUAGUUUAAAAACUAAAAAUGGAUUUAAAAGAGAUAAUAAAGUGGUUCAUACCAUGCUUCCACAGAUUAUUGUACCGUUUCGCGAGAAAAUUAGACUUGACUUUGACUUUUCCGUGUUUGUUUUUACUUUUUUUCUGCUGUCCCAGUUACGCGGCAAAAGUGAAUUCCGUUAUGGGCUCGAACUUAAGUUUAAGUAAUAACCUAGGUAGUGGUUACAAUUAUACCAAAAAUGUAGAAAUAGUUGAGAAUGACAGUUUUGAAGACCAAAGUGUUGUUUUAAGAAAUGUAGAGAAUGCUGGUCCACUACAACGAGAUACUUCUGUAGGACGAACAUUCGGCAUUCGCUUCAAGAAGAUGAUGCAAGCUAUGAUCCCGCUGGCCUUCCAGCUUGGUUCAGCCGCGACUUGGGCGGUCAUAGCGGCUCUGGUCGGCAUCAAGACCCUGGCCGUUACCUUGUUCAUCGUGAAGAUACUGCUGGUCGCUGGUGCUGCUAAGGUAAUACUAGCCGUUUACGACAAGCUUGGAGCACUAUUCGCCUCGAAAGGGCAUCACGGUUAUCAGAGCCACCAGGGCUGGACUCCGCAUCAGAAAGAGAUUCACUUGCACAUUCAUAACAAUGGUUACCAAGGUCAUGGAACGGAACACGAGUCAAUUUCUCCGUGGAAUAGAGACGGUGUCCACAACACAGCUGAGUCGAACCACGUGAACAUUAUCCACGAGCCGUACGCGGCCGGACCGCAAACCAUCAGCACUCCGUACGGAAACUACAUGAGGAUCGAGCCUGGACAACAGGCACAUGCGGCAUAGACAUUAAACUUCCAACAUUCCAUUCCAAAGCCUAAUGUCACCAUAGAUGCAUGGACACUCAUCUUUUAAUAUAAAUAACUAGCUGACGCCGUGCGGUUUUACCCGCGUGGUUUCCGUUUCCGUAGGAAUACAGGGAUAAUAUAUAGCCUGUAGCCUUCCUUAAUAAAUGGGCUAUCUAACACAGAAAUAUUUUUUCAAAUCGGACCAGUAGUUCCUGAGAAUAGCGCGUUCAAUCAAAUAAACAAACAAACUCCUUCAGCUUUAUGUAUUAGUAGGUAUAGAUGCUUUACAUUUACUGAGCAAACCGAAAGUAUUCAAUAAAACGAUUAUUGUACCUACUUACCAGUACCUACCAAUAUAAAUCAAACCGACGAUUUUAUACUAUUAGAUGUCAUUGAAGGCGUACAGAAGUGGCUAAUUGUCUUGAUUUCAUUAUAAUUAAUACUGUCUAUAAUGUCAAAUUGUGUUUGACAAGUGUAAAAACAUUUAGGUACCUACAUAAAUAUAUACCUAAUGCAAGUAAACACAAUAUUUUGCAUGUGUGCGCUCGGUGGAGUAACUAAGUUCGGAUCCCUUUUUGCGGUGCUACAAAAUGUAAGCACGUAUCAUGUCUAAUAGUAGAAAAUCGUCGGGUAAAACUCAAGAACAACUCAAUUUAAAGAAUGGUCUUGUAAAUUCGAAAAAUAUUUAUAGAGUUACUAAAUAAUUAAAUUGCUUAAACCGACUAAAAAGGAUAAAAUUACCUAUUUCGCACUUAUGGCGCCAGUAACUUUAAGUUAUUAAAGAUAUAUUUUUGAUAAUAGUUCCAAACUUGAAAAUGGUAUAUCAAUAAUUAUAGAAGAUUUUCAUUAGCUAUCAAUUAUACCUAAUUGAUAUAGCAAAAUGGUAUAUCAAUUAUAGAAGAUUUUCAUUAGUAUUAUUGUGAAUUGUGAAAAUUAGGUGAAGGAAAUGGUGACGUUAUCAAAGAAUACACUAAUAAAAGCGCUUGGUUAAGUUAGAGAAUAUGUUUUUCCUAUAUCACUUACCAAUACUUAUUUUACUAGAGGCUAAAACAGGCACGUAAAUCCUUUCUUUACAUUAUGUAAUUUUCUUGUACAUACCUACAUAAAUUUUUAAUUAUAUAGUUACCUUAGCAGUUAAAUAGGAUAUAUUAAUUUAUUUUACAAUAAAGUAUUAUUUAUUUUUGUAGCUAAUAAAUUGUCUAAUUUAUUAAAUAUUUUUGUUUUAAGAUUCAAAUUAAAUAAAAUUUCUGUAAACUAUU